AUGAAACCAAUCAUCGACAACACAACUCAAGAUUGGUUUGCUCUUCAAGGUCAAGAACAAAAUGGAUGGACAGGCAUUCAAUUUAAACGUUAUUUUGAUACUUGUGAUCCAAUGGAUGUUCCUAUAAAAUCUGGCACGAACAUUCUCAUAUUUGCCUAUGGUCUUGUUGAUCUUGAUUUGUGUCAAUCAAACGUCGAUAUUAUGUAUCAUGAGAAUCGAAGAGGUACUCGUAUAUUACCACUCGUAUGCCGAUCAACCAGCAAAUGA